CUGGUCGUCAGUCAGAGGAAACCUUUGCCCUCCCCUCGAGCCUCAUUUCUGAUUCCUCAGCCUCAGCGUUAAUUCUCCCCAAAAUACAACCCUAGCCUCAGCGCGCCGCCGUUGGUCUGACCGUUGGCGGCAGGUUCGUCGUGGUCGGUUGACAAUCCUGCUGUUUGCAAGUGGCCGAAGGCCCUUCCAUUCCCCCGACGCAAGGGUCUCCAGGUCAUGGUCGGUCGUCAUCUGGCGGUCGUGUGCGUGGCCAGGUCGUCGUCGUCCGUCCCCUGCUCAGUUGUGACCGUCGCCAGCUGCCCAUCUGCUGUGGCUGUCCCACAAAUCUGUUGCUACGGCACAGGCAUCUGGUUCUUUGUUUCCGCGCUAGUGUCCCCGUUCUUCUUCCUCUCUGCAUUAUCAUUUAGCCAGUCCCCACCGCGGAGGUUAAUCGUGCCAGCUGCCACCACCCCUGCUCAACUGCUCCUUCCCCUAUUCCGAAGCUCAGAUGGAUGCGGUGCAUAACCAUGGUGGUGAGGGAAAAAAUAAUGAAGAAAACGGGCGCUAUGAUGAGGCGGUGGCGGAGGACCCUUUGAAUGAUACUACUGGAAGCGAAACAGAAAGUCAAACGUGUUUGGAUUUUGGAGAUGUUGAGGGUGUGACUGUUGAAGAUAUUAUGCAAAAGACCUUUAGAACUGAUGAUGAUGCGUAUGAGUUCUACAAAAAUUUUGGUAGGUAUCAUGGGUUCGGUGUCCGAAAAGGGGACUCACGAAGGGACGAUGAUGGAAAUGUUAGGAGGAGGAGAUUUUUUUGUAAUAAGGAAGGAUUGAGAGAUCCCAAGCACUAUAAUAGACUGGAUAGGAUGCGAGUACAUAAACCUGAGACGAGAACUAAUUGUAAGGCGAAGUUUUCUAUUCACCUAGAUAAGAGUGCUUCCAUAUGGCGAGUAAGGAAGAUCAACAACAACCACAACCAUGAAUUGACUCCCCAGGUAAUGGUGCACCUAAUCCCAAAGUAUAGGUCAUUGACUGAAGGGGCGAAAGCACAAAUUGAUGGAUUCCGUGAGUGCGGGAUAUCGACGGCAAAAACAAUGCGAUAUAUGGCAGGAUUGGCGGGUGGGUAUUCAUUGGUAGGAUUUUUAAAGAAGGACGCGUACAAUUAUAUUGACAAGCAAAGGCGCGAGCAAAUUGUUGACGGAGAUGCUGAAUCUGCGAUAGCCUACCUAGAAGGAAAGGCAGAGGCUGAUCCCAUGCUGAUGGCACGGUAUAAUUUGACUGAUGAUAGAAUGCUUGCAAAUAUGUUUUGGGCUGACGGGGGAAGUCGGUUGGACUACCAAUAUUUUGGAGAUGUUCUGGCUUUCGACUCUACUUACAAAAAAAAAGUACAACAGACCACUGGUUAUUUUCUCAGGAUCAAACAAUCACAAGCAGACCACGAUCUUCGGCUUUGGGCUAGUGUUGGAUGAGACGAUAGCGUCAUAUACUUGGCUAUUGAAGAGCCUUUUGGAGGUAAUGUGCCAAAAGAUGCCAUCCGUGGUUGUAACCGACGGUGAUGAAGCAAUGCGAGAAGCUGUGAGAGUGGUAUUCCCUAGAGCAACCCAUCGGUUGUGUGGGUGGCACUUUGAAAAGAAUGUCACGUCGAAUGUAAAAGAUGCAGCAUUGCGCGCGCGAUUUAAUCGGUGGCUUUAUGCGGACAUUGCAGUCAACGAAUUCUUGACGGAAUGGAGCCAGGCUGUUGAGGAGUUUAGUUUGCAAGAUAGCCUCUGGGCAAAUCAGGUAUUCGGGAAGAAGGAGAUGUGGGCGAAUGCGUACCUGAGGGAUAAAUUUUGUGCUGGUAUAAGAACGACGUCAAGGUGUGAAGGUAUAAAUAGUGUUGCAAAGAACUUCCUUCAGUCGAAGCAUGGGAUGCUCGAACUUGUUCAAAAUUUGGAACUGAUGGUUCGUGACUAUCGAAACAACGAGUUGUUGGUGCAAUUUAGAUCAAUUGACAGCGUUCCGGUGAUGACGACAAGCUUGGAGUCACUAGAACGAUGUGCUGCGAGUGUUUAUACACAUGCAAUAUUCGGGGAUGUUCGAAACGAGAUCGUAGGUGUUGCGUCAGUCAAUCUGGUGAGAUUACAAAGGUCUUUGACUACGAAGAUUUACACCAUGGAUGAGUAUGGGCAACCCGGAAGAGAGAUCGUAGUUUUAUACGAUAAGAAUAUGGGAAGAAUGAAAUGUGGCUGCAACUUUUGGAACAAAUAUGGCUACCCUUGCAAACACAUGUUUUUCGUCAUGAAGCAUGAGCACCUUCCUAACAUUCCGAACAGAUUGGUUCUCAAGCGAUGGACUAAAAAUGCCAAGGCACUUGAAGCAUAUGAAGAGAAGAUAGAUGUAGGUGCUGACCAGGCCUGCUUGUUACAUCAUGGUGCGCUUCAUUCGGCUUGCCAUUGGCUGUUCUUUUUGGGGUCACAGAAGUAUGAUCUAUUUCAAAUGGCAAUGAAAGGAAUACGUAAUCUAUGUGCCCACCUGGAGGGUUACGUUGCAACUGAGGACAAUGUGUUCUCUACUAAGGGUGAUGGAGUGAUUCGUGAUCCGGUGGCUGUGCGGACAAAGGGAGCUCCAAAAUCCCGGAACUGUCGGGGACGGAAAAGACGGUGUACUGAAUGUAGGAACCCUGGUCACACGAAGAGACGCUAUCCAAGAAAAAAAACAAGUCACGGGAUGGAAAUGGAAGAUGGAUGCACAACUGGUUUCGACUCAGAUGCAUUGGAGGAGAUAAAAAUGUUCAACCACAUGGAAGAGUUUGGUGACGACGCCGUUGUUGGGGCUAAUUACGAUGAUGAGGUUGCUCAAUGCACAAAUGAAGGGAAGGCUUGCCAUACCGGGAUUCCUAACAUGGAUAUGCUGGGUGUUGGAGCAAAUAAUUAUGUCUCAACACAAACUUCAGCGGCUGAUGCACAGCGCAAUGAAAACGAUGAGGCGCUGAUCAGGAUGGUACUCAGGCUAAAUAGGAUACUCUGACGUCUAUCGUUGAAGCAAAAAGUAAAUACAUGUGUUAGUCUUUUCUCCCAUAUGUAAUGGGUAUUGUCUUGUAUGCUUUGUAGACAAUGUAACCCUACCAAGAAGAAUUUUCCAAUGAGAGGGAUAUAUGAUUGUAAAUUGUGAGACCAACUGUAUUUACUACCAACUUUAUUAUGUUUCUAGUUUUUAAUUAUGUUAUGCGGCUUGCAGAAGGUGAGCAAGUAUGGAUAA